ACUCCUAGUUCUCCGGUUAGACGGCUGAGCUUGAUAACACCGCGAAGAACAAAAACAAGAACAUUUAACACCGAAAACAAAACACCGGCCUCGAACCCAGCAUAAACACCCGCUCCGCAUGCUCCUAAUCCGGAUAAAUCCAGCUGGAUCCAGUCACCGCAGGAAGAACACCGUCUCACUUGUUCAUCUCAAAGUAAAACAGGAAGCAGUAAGCGUUGUGGGACGUGUAGUUCCGCCUGUAGGCCACUGCUCUCACAACAACGCAAUAGAAUAAAGAUAUACAACAACCUCCACGCCGUGCUGCUUAACGCCCCGGUGUUUGGUAGUCAACAUGCCCGGGUUCACCUGCUGUGUGCCCGGCUGCUACAACAACUCUCACCGGGACCGGGACCUGCGCUUCUACACCUUCCCGAAGGACAGCACGCUGCGGGAGCUGUGGCUGCGGAACAUCUCCCGGGCCGGGGUCAGCGGCUGCUUCAGCACCUUCCAGCCCACCACCGGGCACCGGGUAUGCAGCGUGCACUUCAGCGGCGGGAGGAAGACCUACACCAUCAGGGUACCGUCUCUGUUUCCUCUCCGGGGGGUGAACGAGCGGAGGAGCCGGAGAGGGAGAGGGAGAAAGGUGUCUGCUGCCGCCGCGGUGGUGUCUGCUAGUCCCGCCGCGGCAGCAGCAGCGACCUCCGGGAUAGUGCUCGGUAGUGUGCUGGUAGAAGGAGCCGAGGGCAACGCAGGAGGAGAGGCGAGCGAUGACAGCAUCACCGUGGUGCAGAUAGGCCAGAACGGGGAGUACCUGGGCACGGCUCGGCUGCCGGCUCAGUCAGAGGGGACUUGUUACACCGUGGGAAGCAACGACGAGCUCACACCGGACGACUCCUCCUCGGUGGAGACCUCGUCCACUGUUCACCAGCCGGUGGUGCAGUACGUCAGUGUGACCAGCAGCCCGCUGGACCACUCGUACUCUCUGACCACCGGCACCACGUCGGCCGAGCUGCUGCGGAAGCUGAACGAGCAGCGGGACAUCAUCGCCCUGAUGGAGGUGAAGAUGAAGGAGAUGAAGGCGACCAUCCGACAGCUGCGGGUGGCCGAGGCCAAGCUGCAGGAGGAGGUGCGGGAGCGGGACCGGCUGCUCUACGGGAACUCCGUGGCUUUCAGUGUCCGGAAUAAAAAAUGAUCAACAUCAACCGGAGACGACCCCCGUUACGCAGAGACUCAUGCUGCGUUACAAAUCGCAUACUUUUUCCUUUUCCUUCAGUACAUACUGCAGCUGCCCUUACAAAGUACAUACUACUGUUGCAUGCAGUAUGCAUACAAUUCAUCAUAACAUUGCACAAACUUUGACCCUCUUGCUCAUAUAUUCACUGCUCAGAGGAAUGUGACCUGCUGUGCACUCCAAUACUACCAUACGAUUUAGUAUGCCAGAAAAGAUUUGGUAUAUCCCAAAACAUAGUAUGUCAAAUGCACUAUUUUUUCCUGGCUAUUCUGACACACAAUCCUCUGCACAGCAGAUAUACCAGCAAGAGGGUCAAAGUUCAAGGUGCAAUGUUUUGACAAAGUAGUAUCUCCCAAUUGUAUGCAUACUGCAUGCAACAGUAGUAUGUACUUUGUAUGUGCAGCUGCAGUAUGUACUAAAAGUAAAAAGAAAAAGUAUGUGAUUUUAAUCACAUACUUUUUCUUUUUACUUCUAGUACGUACUGCAGCUGCCCUUACAAAGUACGUACUGUUUCAUGCAGUACGCAUACUACUUACUCAUAACAUUGCACCUUGAACUUUGACCCUCUUGCUCAUAUAUCCCCUGCACAGAGGAUUGUGGGUCAGAAUAGCCAGAAAAGCAUGCUGGCUUGCAUACUGCAAAAUGUGACCCGGUGCAGUA